AUGAGCCAACCGCAAAUUGUGAUAGAUCCUGAUGAGGCUAAAAGAAUCGAAAAAAAUCUUAUAUUGCGUGAUGUAUAUUAUUGCCUGACUAGAUAUUAUUCUAAUCCCAAAUCCUUAAGAGACGCAUAUAAUAGGCGAGAAUGGAUGGGCGAGACUUCUCAACUAAUGCAAGAGCAUAAUGUCACAAUUCGAGUGGUCGGUCCAUAUUUCCAUCGAGAACCAGGAUCAGAAAAAUGGGGACUUAAACCUGUGAAAGCUAUUGCUUUAGAACGAGUCGAAUCUAGACCAUCCACAAAAUAUAAGCGCCCAGUUGGACAAGAUGAAAUAAGGUUAAAGAAAGGAAAUACCGUCCACUACCUACUUGCCAAUGCAGAAUGGGAAGGGAAUGAGCUGGUCUUAUAUUAUCUCGGAAGUGAUGAUGAUGAAUUUGCUCCAAAGCGAGGAUUUGUAACAGAGGAGCUCAUGUUAAUAGCUGAUCCAGAAAGGGUUGGUCGUCCAUCUCAAAACAUAUUAUCUGUACAUAUUGCAUAUGCUUUUCCUAUCAAUAACGAGUUAGAUCAAGCUAUUGAUUAUGCCAGAAGACAUGGUGGUCAACAUCUAGAAAGGACUGGGCGAAUAAAUGGUCAUAACAUAUAUCUUUGGUUUUGUGAAAAUGGCAAGAAAUUUCCAUCCUGCAGACCAUCAUUCUUGAAUAGAAUGCAUCUCAAUGGAUAUAACAAAGAGUUGGGUCUUGCAUUCGAAUUCCAGGACCCUCAACACUACCAUCACAAUAGUUUUUAUCAUCGGGAGACUGAAGGAGGCGAAAGUUUAAAAACACAAAAUGCCCAAAAAUAUAAUGGACAUCCAAGUGUCCCCCAAUGGCCUUUCACCCUUCUAAUUUGUGGCCGUACUAAUUCAGGAAAAACUAAUGAAGUUCUCAAUUUCAUGCUCGAAAAUAAGCUUUAUCAAAUGUUUAAUGGGAAGAAAGGAGGAACACGUUACAUCAAGUAUGAUGAUUUGCUACUCAUUGGUCACAAUCUUAAGGAGCCGAAAUAUAUGUACCUCAAAUCGGCGUAUCAGAUAAUUGCAAAUAGUCUAAAGCCAUACCGUGAAAAUAUUACAUUCCGGGCUAUAAAGCCUGAUAAAAUCCCUAAGGUGGAUUCAUUCUCUCCAGAUAGAGAUAAUACAAAAAAAUCUCACACAUAUCUGCCUAUUUAUGUGCAUCAAUAUGCUAAUGACUGGCAUAAUGUGAUUAAAAUUAUUGAUAAGCAUUUAUGUGAACAAAAAUUCGUUGUUUUCGAUCUAACUGUACCUCGCGAACAUCCAUACAGGAUACGCGUUGGCUGGGAUGUACCUCUCGCUAAUGAGUAG